UCAUUCUUUACGAACGGUGGGCGAUAAGAAUGGAAAAAAGGCUCCUUUCUCUCCUUGUCUUGUGUAUCUUCUUCGUCAUUGGUGAAGCAGCUAUCAAGUGCUAUAGCUGCGAUUAUCCUGAUGUGAAAUGUGGAGACAAUUUUGCUUACACACCUUCUGAUGCCAUAGAGUGUGCGGGUAGCUGUGUAAAGCGUAGUGGGAAACGUUCUGAUGGCUCCUAUGAGGUUUACAGGGGGUGCCAUUCACAGACCGAGACAUACUGCCAUGAUGCACAAUACAAUGGAAUGUCGGUUACAGAAUGCUUUUGUAAUGAGGAGUAUUGUAACUCAGGGUAGCAAUAUGAGAAUAUCUACAGGAAGUUUAAUCAUUGCUUUGAUAACAGUUUUCUGUAACCUUUUAUGAUGCCGUGCACUUAACAAGGAAUUUAUGUGGAUUUGGAUUUUUUAUGAGAUCUUAGGUCACAGUUUCAUCAACAUUCCUUACCAGGGUAAUU